AUGCCCAUCUUCCAGCACGAGCACGACGCGGAGAAACAGCGGCAGAUCGUGGCCGGGUCGCGGGCGCCGUGUUUCCGGGCCUCCACGGGGCUCAAGGGCUUUGUCAACAUGGGCUCCACCUGUUUCAUGAGCUCUGUUCUACAAACGCUGAUCCACAACCCGUUCAUCAGGGACUACUUUCUGGCCGGCAGCCACAGCGACUGCGGCAAGAUGGGCGCCGAGUGUCUCUCGUGCUCUGUGGCCGACAUCUUCCAGGACUUCUACUCGUCGCCCAGCGCGGCCGGCUACGGCCCCGUCUCGCUGCUGACGGCUGCCUGGAAGGUGAAACGGUCGCUGGCCGGGUACUCCGAGCAGGACGCGCACGAGUUCUGGCAGUUUCUGCUCCACCAGCUGCAUAAGAACGACACCAAGAAAUCCUCAUCGUAUAAAGAGCACACGCCGGUCCCGGGCGACCACCAGUCGCCGGCGCACGGCUCGUGCAACUGCAUUAUCCACCGCACCUUUGCCGGCGAGCUGCAGUCCUCCAUCAGACGGCUCCAAGACCGCCAUCCCGAGUCUGGAGGCCUGUCUGGACAUGUUCACGAAACCAGAGCAGCUCGACGCCACCUACAGCUGCUCCGCGUGCCAGAAACAGACCAAGGUCACCAAACAGCUCAAAAUCAAGAAACUGCCUCGGACUCUCGGCAUCCAGCUCAAACGGUUCGAGCAUCUCGCAACGUCCACCAAGAUAGACACACACGUGCAGAUCCCGCUCUUCCUCAACAUGUCCGACUACGUGCUGGGCGGCAACAGGCCGCACUACGGCCAGAACCUGUACGAGCUGUUUGCCGUGGUGUGCCACAUCGGGUCCGCCAGCACGGGCCACUACAUCUGCAUGGUGAAGGCGCGCACGGGGGCGUGGUUCAUGUUCAACGACGCUACGGUGACCAAGGUGUCUCAGCAGGACGUUCUCAACUCGCGUGCGUAUCUGCUCUACUACAUAAUCCAUGA